GCGUCCCUUUGUCUGGAACGGGUCUUCCUCAAUCUCGGUCCAUCCGCUUGGGCCGUAUAUACUCUACCGCUUUCGGCUGUAUUACUCCAUUCUGUCCGCUAGGAAGCUGUCUGGCUCUUUGUUUUGCUGCGAGUUGUACCGUAAUAUCUGACCAACAGAUAUUUUUCUGCAUCUACUCUGUUUAAACACUUGCCUUGCGGAAUCGCUAGCAGGCUAGUACCGUUGUAUCCUGUGUUUUUCUAUAGUCUAUGGUUCCAUCCCAACUUGGUCUUCAAGCCUGGACCAUACCUCUACACCGGCAGACUAUCGUGACAAGUUGCGCGUCAAUAACGAUCGUGCGGUUACGGUGCUGAAAAUAGGAAUGUUGUGUCUUUUCGGAGAGGUGCUGGCUCGCUGUCUGGUUUGGUGCUGAAGAUGGCGGCCCAGGCCUGAGUCUCGCGCAGGUGCGACCGGCACCGGGGCUCCAGACGCCGCGCGACGUCGGAUGCGGGGGAGGGACGGGGACGGAAGCGGCCCGCCAUGCGACCGUGAUCCUGCCGACCAUGGACUGACCAGGGCGGGCGUCGCCCAGAGAGCGAAGGAUCAGAGCAGAGGGAGAGAGAGAGAGAGAGAGAGAGAAGAAGAAGAGAGAGAGGGGACCACAGCCUGACCGGGACUAGCCGCCGUCUCCCACGCGGCGUUGGCAGCGAGGAGGAGGGGCGUGGCCGGCCGCGCGGACGCUCCGCGGAGGAUGACCAGCCUGUUCCGGCGCAGCAGCAGCAGCGGCGGGGGUUCCAGGGGCGGGCCCUCGCCCGGCCCCGCCCCUAGCGGCGGGGGUGAGCUGAACAACAGCCGGCCGGCCCGGCAGGUGCGGCGCCUGGAGUUCAACCAGGCCAUGGACGACUUCAAGACCAUGUUCCCCGGCAUGGACUACGAGGUCAUCGAGUGCGUGCUGCGCUCCAACAGCGGCGCCGUGGACGCCACCAUCGACCAGCUGCUGCAGAUGAGCGUGGAGGGCCAGGGCUCCGACGACAGCUCCGACUCCGACGGCAGCAUCCCGCCAGAGAUCCUGGAGCGGACGCUGGAGCCGGACAGCUCGGACGAGGAGCCUCCGCCCGUCUACUCCCCGCCCACCUACGACAUGCACAUCUACGACAGGAAGUACCUGGAGGCUCCGCCCACUCCACCACCCCGGUUCGAGGCCCAGCCCCCGCCGGGACACCGGCAGGUCAGCAGCUACCGGAACUGGAACCCGCCGUUGCUGGGCAACCUGCCGGACGACUUCCUGAGAAUCCUGCCCCAGCAACUGGACAGCAUACAGACGUCCCAGACCAGUGUCUCCCAGCCUUCCUCCUCCUCCUCUUCCUCGCUGUCCUCUGUGCCCCAGAGGGUGGGGUCUGAGGGCGGGGCUGGGUCUGUGGGCGGGGCUACGGAGCAGGAGAGGAAGCUGAAGCAGUACCUGGAGGACGAGCGAAUCGCCCUCUUCCUGCAGAACGAGGAGUUCAUGAGAGAACUGCAGCGCAACCGAGAGUUCCUCACCGCCCUGGAGAGAGAUCGGCUGAAGUACGAGUCAAAGAAAUCCCGGUCCAACCAUUCAUCCGCUAGCACAGAGAGUUCCACAGCAGGGGAGCAGUGUAUCGCGGGCUCAUUGGAAGCUGGCACUGCUGUCUCAGAUGACGCCCUGUUCAGAGACAAACUCAAGCACAUGGGCAAAUCCACCAGGAAGAAGCUGUUCGAGAUCGCCAGGGGGUUCUCGGAGAAGACGAAGAGGAGGAAGACGAAGAGGAGGACGCUCCUGAGGCAUCAGUCCCUGGGCACUGCUGCGUCCACCGCCAACCUGCUGGACGACGUGGAGGGAAAUCCAUGUGAGGAAGAGGGCCAGCUUAGGAGACCAGCCACACAGGAAGAGGUGGAGCCCCAAAAGGAAGAAUCAUGAUCGGGCCUGGACGCACCACUUCAGGGUUUCCACGGCAACGACAAAUACAUCCCGCCCCUCCACCCGCCGUGACUGGUGGCUCGGCCGCUCUUUGACCCCUCCUCCUCUCACCCGGACCAGCCAAUCCCUGCACCCCCUCAAACUGUGCCACGCCCACUGAGGAGGUGGCCUCAACAGAACUAUGUCCUCCUCCUAACUUUGGGCCUGUGACGGUUUUUUUAUUACCAUUAUAACCAUUAUAAUUAUCUGUUUAUUUUUGAUUGCUUAGAAUCAGAACACAAAUGCAGUCUUUGUGUCCUUUUUUUAUCUUUUUUUUUGCCCUGAAAUUUCUAUUGAGAAGAAGAAAAAAAAAAUUGAAUUAUGAUGAUUAAUUUUCCUUAUGAAUUGAUUGUGUCUUGCUAGUAUCUUUUUUUGUGUGGUUCAGGCGAUGUCUGGCCUGACCAGUGUCUACAGAUCAGACGUGCUGGAGCACUGGGGACUUUUUCUGAGUUAUUCCAUGAUCUGGCAACCCGUGAGCAGCCAUUUUCUGAGUCUCCUGGGGGACAGAGACUUGAACACUUUCCCAGGAGCCUCUGCUUCAUGGCACAGGUUCCGCUGCUGGCUUUUACAUCAGGAUUCGGAAUGCAGGAUGACCUUUGACCCUCAAAGUGCUCCUCGGCUUAUGGGAGAACCGGCCACAUGCCAAAAAUCCCCCCCCUCCCUCCCCACCUCUCAUCCUCUCGCAGGAAAUUGGACAGGAAGUUGGAGAAAGCCGGUGAACCCAUGCUUGGACAGCUUAAAGCUCCUCCUUAUUUGACCGCCCCAGAGGAUCACGGUCUGCGGUGUUGCUUGCUGGCUGCGGCCCCGUCUCCGGGUGUGUGCAUCACUGGGGCAAAAACCGGUAUCAAACAAG